GAUGACAGGACACAGCUGACCAUUGGCAAAAGGCUGAAGGACGCCAACAAACUGGGUUACCCCUACGUGGUCAUCGCUGGGAAGAGGGUUUGUGAGGACCCCCCGGUCUUCGAAGUGUGGAAUCAGAACGCCGGAGCUGGAGGCCAUCCCCAUGUUCAUGAAGCGGUGCCCGGCCGAGAUCGACGCGGAGCGGCAGCCCGACCUGGCCUGUCUGCAGUCCCUCCUCUUCGACGAGGAGCAGGGCCCCGCAGAGCUGGCCAAGAUGUACAAAAACGAAGGGAACGAGUACUUCAGGGAGAAGGACUACAGGAGGGCUGUGGUCGCCUACACCGAGGGGCUGAAGAAGAAGUGUGAGGACGCAGAGCUGAACGCCGUGCUGCACACAAACCGAGGGGCUGCACAGUUUUACCUGGGUAACUACCGUUCUGCUCUCAAUGAUGCCAUCCAAGCGAAAAAGCUGAGGCCCACCCAUCUCAAAGCAAUCAUAAGAGGAGCUCUCUGUCACAUGGAGCUAAAGAAUUUCUCUGAAGCAAUAGCAUGGUGUGAGGAGGGCUUGCGAAUAGAUUCAAAAGAGAAAAAGCUUGUGGAAAUGAGAGCUAAAGCUGACAAAUUGAAGCGAGCCGAGGAGCGGGAUGCAAGGAAAGCAAAGGUGAUGGAGAAGAAAGAGCAGUGUCAAAAGGAGACUUUGCUUGCAGCGAUAAAGGAAAGAAAUAUCAAGCUGGUUCUUGAGCCUUCAAAUGAAGAAGAGGAAAUAUCAGACGGCCUGGCUGAGUUAUCCAUAGACGGGUUCCACUCUGACAACGCCACGGGGGCAAAAGUGCACCUAGAUGCUGAUGGCAACCUGCACUGGCCUGUCCUCUUCCUGUACCCCGAGCAUGAGCAAACAGACUUCAUUGCAGCUUUUCACGAGAACUCCAGGUUUAUUGAUCAUUUAAUGGUGAUGUUUGCUGAGUUACCUCCCUGGGAUUUAGAACAAAAAUACCUUCCCAGCAAUAUUGAGCUCUAUUUUGAAGAUGAAGAAAGAGCAGAAAUGUACAAGCUGAACCCAGAACACACGUUGCUACAAGUGCUGCAGCACCAAAGGUAUUUUGUAAAGGCCGGGACUCCAACAGUUUUGGCGUUUGUAAAGCGUUCUCCUUUCUCCAAGAAGUACUUCUCUGGCAAGAAGGUGCAUCGACUGUAACGAGCGGGAACGAAACUGUGGGGGAUCCUGUGUGAGAGGCUGGUGUUUGUUACCCCAGCUGCAGACCACGAGCUUCUCCCUCAACAAAAACACCUUGCACGCUUCAGGGGGGAAGCGUAAUCUUGGCACGCAGGGAAACUUCCAGGGAAGCAGCACACGGGAGAGCGAAGGGCUUACAAGAGGGGAUUGUUUGUUUAAAAAGAAACCCAGCUGGUUUGCAGAAGGUCUCCCCUGCCAUAGGCUGCCUGUGGUUUGGAAAUCAACCUGAAGCUGUGCCAAAGGCUGGCUGCAGCUGAAGCAGCAGCUGGGAAAGCACUUACCUACCUGUGGAAAAUGGCCGGUUUCCUUGGAGGAGGGCUGUAGUUUCUGGGGUUUAAGGGCAGUGCUCUGGGGCCGUACCUCCAGCAGGAUGGAUGCCAUCAGGUUCCUGCCUGCCACUUGAGCAGCUGAUGGUUUCUCACCACCCAGCUCUGCUGCUUGAGAGCUCAGGGCUCUUCCUGGGGAGUGCUGUGUUUUACCCACCCUUUUGCUACCUUACUGAUUGUCCCAUGGAACCUGGAAAUAAACGUGUCUAUUUUAAGUA